AUGUUCUUGGUUUUCGUCAUUUAUAGUUCUUGUGCACAGUAUCGCACUGCAUACAAUACUCUCUGCAUGUAUUGCAUGUACUGUAAUCCUCUCGGCACUCUUGGCGUGCAAACUGCACGUACCAAUAACAUUCCGCCACCCCAGCCCAGGAGGGCUGCCUUAAUCUGUCACCACUUCAAUUCAUGA